UACUUGAGCUCCUCCUUCAGGCCCGAUGGACGGCGACUUCUUGCUGGCGCUCCGGCUGCAGACAGAAUGGGAAGCGGAGGACGAUGAGGUCCAGGCGGUAGAGACGGCGACGGCGACGGCCUCCGCUUCCGCCUCCGCUUCGCCGUCGCGGCCCCUCUCGGUGGUGGAUGAAGCCUGGGAGUUGCUGGAUCCCAGCCCCGACGUGCGAGGCCUCUUCCUGCAGUUCAACGAGACCCUCUUUUGGGGGCGCCUGGCGGCCGUGGAGGUCAAGUGGAGCCCGCGCAUGACGCUGUGUGCCGGAGUUUGCUGCUAUGAAGGCCGAGGCGGCAUGUGUUCCAUCCGACUUAGUGAGCCACUCUUAAAGUUGCGACCAAGGAAGGAUCUUGUAGAGACCCUCUUACAUGAAAUGAUCCAUGCCUUGUUGUUUGUCACGAAUAAUGACAAAGAUCAUGAUUCCCAUGGCCCAGAGUUCUGCAAACACAUGCAUCGGAUAAAUCGCUUAACUGGAGCCAAUAUUACGAUCUAUCAUGAGUUUCACGAUGAAGUGGAUUCCUAUCGUCAGCAUUGGUGGCGUUGUAAUGGUCCAUGUCAAAAUAGAAAGCCAUAUUUUGGCUAUGUGAAGCGCGCAAUGAAUAGGGCACCUUCUGCAAAUGACACCUGGUGGUCUGAGCACCAGCAGUCCUGUGGAGGCACAUUCACCAAGAUCAAAGAGCCAGAGAACUACUCAAAGAAAGGCAAAGAGAAGAACCAGCAAACAAAAUCUCUAGCUGAUGACAAAGGAAGAACUAAUGGAGGUAAGAUACAAAACAUAAUUCCUUUUAGUGGAAAAGGAUAUGUCCUUGGAGGAAAGAGUGGUGUGUCAUCAUUGGAGAGAACCACAAAUCCAAGCAAGCAUACAAGCAGAGAGCUGCUCAGAUCACAGCUUCAUUCCCCAGCUGGUUUGAGUAGAACAGAUCCUAAAAGUGAACAAAAUGUUUCCUAUGGAAAUGCUUUGCCUCGAUUUUCUCAUGAUAGCAAUAAAAGUAACUUUGCUUCUAGCAUCAUGCUUCCUAAGAUUUCAGUUUGUAACAAAAAUGCUUACACUAACGUUAAAGGCUCACCAAUUAAAAACACUGCAUUUAAUGGAGGGAGAUCAAUUUCAAGCCCUACAAAUGCUAUGUGGGGUUUACCGGCAAAGGAGCCACCAGAAAAAAGCAUUUUUGAACCAACUACAUCGACUCCAAGAUCCCUGACUGCAUCUCAAGGAAGUAGCACACCCAACGGUGGUCCACCAAAACGGGCGAGAAUGGAAGAUGCAGCUGCCUUUGAAAAUUACUUUAUCAGGAAAGAGGAUCCAGGAUGGACUAGCCCUUCUAUGAAGAGAAAGGCCAAACCAACAGUCUUAGAUAGUUCAACUGCUUCUGUCAGUGAUCAAGGCAGAAAAGUUUGCUGCCCUGUCUGCCACUCUGAAGUUUUGGAAGAUAAAAUUAACGAGCACCUAGACUCUUGUCUCUGAGAUCUUUUCACUCAAUUCUUAUCUUAAGAAUGCUGUUUUGCUCAGGGUUUGUCUACUUGAGUUUUUCAUGUAUAUUUAUUUUAUAUUUUGGGGAGAUGAUUGUGUGAAGUGGGGUCUAAUGUUCCUUCAGUUUGGAUAAGUAGUUCUUCUCUGCACAUUUAAGCUAGUAAUGCAACUGACUUUGGAGAUGCUUUUAUAUGAGAAAAAUGAGAAUAUAAGAAUUUGAAAGAAACAAUUGUGCAUGUUUUUAGAUUUUUAAGAUUUAAAACAAACCAAAACACUAAGCGUAUUUGCAUAAUCAAAAUACCUGUAUGUUUUGUUUCAAGGAUUUUGUUUUAAGGAGUUGUUUUGCUAUCGCACACCAAUAAUACUUAAAUUCAUAAAGUCUUGUGACAGUUGAUAUCAGUGGCAUAAAAUCAGGUUAGCUUACAUGUGGAUCAGACUGUUAAUCACUUGGAAGCAAUGCACUACCUGACAAUAACAAUGGUUAAAAUUGCACCCUUGAAAAGUUUCCACAGAGUGUUAAAAUGAUUGAGUUUGGAUGGCGGUGGGUGGGCGUAAAUUAUGGCACUGACACUAAAACAGUUUAAUGGCUUGUUUCAUUGUCAGUGUCUGAGGAUUAGAGGAUUUUUUUAAUUUAAGGAGUACCCAAGAUGGAUAAAAUGGGACAAAUAUCUGCUGAGAAUAUAUGCAUUUGGGGAACGUAAUGGUUUGUAUCCUCAGGUUGACACUGGGAAAGACUUGCAAAUAGCAUGUAUGGGCAGUACCUAAUGCUGUCACAGCGCUAGCACAAAUGACAUUGAGCUAGCACAACAUCAUUGCCACUUUCUAGGCACGAAAGACAAAAACAGUGACUUGGCACGAAAUUUCAGGAGUGUGCAAAUCACCGCUUGUUCUCCUUUGCCCAGCAAGCAUUAACGACAUAGCGCUAGCUCUGUAACAGCAUUGGAUGCUGCCUUUUGUGUUGUGUUGGUAAGGACCAUUCGUAAGCCUUGCUUCAGUUUAGCAAAUGGGAUUUUCUUUAUGGUUCAUGGGAUUGGCACUGAGCAACGUGUUUGGAUGAACCCUUCUAGUUAAAUUUCUUGCAGUGUGUGCUCUCCAUGCAAAAUCGUUGAUGUAAUUCUGUAGCCAAUUCUGUAGUAGUCUGAACUGGCUGUUUAAUGUUAGGAUUUCCGUAAAAUAGAAAUCUGAAGGGCUUGUGAUAAGUUAAUUCUUUAUCAGACUUUCAUUCUUUAAGGGAUUUACAGGAAUGGUUUGCUUUUGUUCUGAAAUCACCAUUGUUUUUGUUAGCCCAAUACUGCUCUAAGUACUUAAACAUUAACAAGGAAAAAUCCAUCCUUGAACUUGAGCGAGAGUUGAGAUGUGUUUUUCCCUUCAAUUUCAAGGCUGCCUUCAACUUUGUAAUGCAGGGGUGGGCUGCUCGUGGCAUUCCAGCAAUGUUUUGGCAUACAACUCCCAUCAUCAGCCCACAUAGCUGGGUGUAUGAGUAUGUUGGGAGUUGUAGGCCAAAGUGUCUGGAGGGCCACUUUUACUCCACCUCCUGUUUAAAGUUUAUGUAUACUAGUGGGUUAUAUUUAUGUCUGAGCCCCAAGAGUUAAACAUCAGUGUUUGCUGUAGACUAGGGUGUUCCAUUCCUACCACUAAAUAGUUAGGUUUUAGGGGUCUGACCAAAUUCCCAUUAAGUUCACAAGAAUUAGGUUGAUGACCUUCAGCUAUUUUACCAUACACUAGCCAGACUUCCUUUUGCCUAUUUGAUACAUGACUGCAAGAGGUGAGCUAUAUUUCUGCUUUACCUGUAAAGUGCCUAUAAAUGAUGCUUACCUAUUUUAAUGUAUAUCUAUUAUUGUUCAUAUAAAGUAUACGGUUUGUUUCCUCUAAGAUGAAAAUUAAUAUUUGAAGACUGACAAGUAUUUGAUGAUUGAUAUUCAUUGGUAAAUUUAAAAUAAAAUAACUUUACAGAAACAG